AGCAUCAACAUGGCCGCCUCCCCGCGCAACCAGCUCUCCUUCUGCUCCUUUGCCCCCGCCCUCAUCCCUUAAAUUUCUUUGCACCUGUACGGGCAGUCGCCAACAUGUUGCUCUGUCUUCCUCUACUAAAGCAGCAGGUGAUUGUUUUGUUCAACCUGUCGUAAAGGACUCAUGUUUGCGUCUGAGUCAUGUGAUAUUUGCAAGCACUGCAGAGUUGGGCAGCAGCGUCCGUCGUCGAGUCGGGAUCUUGCGCGCUGAUGUUGCUAGGUGUGAGUUCCGGAGCCACUGACCCACGAGCUGCAUUCAGACCGCGCUGCAGGUGUUGGCGUGACCUCUGUCGCCGUGUAUCGCGGAAAAUCAGUGAGAUUACGUCCGAAAGAGAUUACGGAUAAUUCCGUGGUGAGGGAUAACGAGUGCGUGAGUGCGGUCCAAAGGAAAGGAGCGAGGCAUCUUUGUGCCUUUCAAGAUCGUGCCAUUCUGGAUACCAAGGGCGCUACAGACAUUUAGUGGUAUGUCCCUGCGAGGGCGGAGUCUGCCACCUGGCGACAGGGGCCACCAGGUGGUGUCCUUCGCCUGCGUUGGCCAACCUCACCCACUGUUGCCGCCCGCCUGUCAUGCGACCAUCGCUUCCCACGCCCCUUGGUCAUCUGUCAGCACCCUGGGGGAGCUGCAGUCGCCCGUGCAGCACGCCUAUGGCGCCCACGUGGAUGUAAGCAUCGCGGCGACGUCACAGAUCCAGAAGAAAAUGGUGGCGAGCGGCGGCGCGUCGCCGCAGUGCCCCCUAGUGCCGCUGCCACAGCUGUCGCGGUCAUCCUUCCACGUGGGAUACUACGUGCCGCCCUCCGUCGAGCCGGGCGAUCCCUACGGGGGCUUGGAGCAGGUGUGGAACCAGCACUUUGAGCUGUUGUUCCGCACUCUCCCAAACGUUUGGUACUUUGGUCCCAUUCAGAAGACACCCACAGGCUGGUCGGUCUUCAAGGACAUGGCAAAAGUGCGAUUUUCGUGCCAGCGGUGCUCUCAUGGCUGGACCAGCAUGUAUGGCCUCGUGGUGUUUUAUUACCGCUGGGACGCCUUCCUGAACCAAGGCCACGUCCGCUUCAUCUUGACCGGCCAGAAGUGCAAUCAGUGUGAGCGCAGCGCCUUCGAAACACCCAUGUGGUACCCGGAGGAGGCGCAGAAGGUGAUGACCAACCUGUACCACGAGGUCGCCAACCGCGUGUAUGGUCUGCAGACACCGCCCCUAAUUCGUGACCGACGCCACGGGAGGCCCCGGCAGCAGCACAACUCCAGCAUGUGCGAGGGCUGCCACCAAGGAAUCUGCAAGGCGCCAAGGAACACUGUGCCCUCUGCCUCCAGCUGAGAAUGAGUGGCGGCCACAAAUCAGGGAUUUUCCUCGCGGUGUAAAUGGUGCACUGGGGGAGUCAGGGUCAGAGAACCCUUGUAUCUUGAUACAUAUAUAAAUGUUGAAUAUUUCAUUCAAUGAAAAAAAAAAAAAAAUGCAAUUUGAUCAUACAAACUAAAGAGAGAACAUUUACCAAAUACAUUUACUGUACUUAUGGAAAUUUCAGAAAACGAAGACGCAGAUGUCAUGUUAUAGAUAUCUCUUUAUGAAAAAUAGUAUGAAAUCUCAUACAACAGUAUGUUGAUAUGUUUUAUUUGAAAAGAAAUCUUGGAAUUCAUUGACUAUAAAAGAAUAAAGAUAACCGGCAGUUCUUGUAGCAAACUGUGGAAUCAGCCGAGGCAGCAAAUUAGCCCUAACCUUAAGAUAAUUUAGAGACACAUCUUCUUUAACAGAGCACAAUAAAUUAUCCACCACUGACCUUUCCAUAUAAAAUAGGCGUUUUGUAUUGUAUUGGAUAACCCUAUUUGAAAAGUAAUACUUAAUUUGCUUAACACUGAAGGAUUUUUUUUUAUUUAUAGUUCCAAAAAGGAGGGGUGGUGCUCGGCAUCUGCCAAUAUAUAUAUA